GCCGCGCGCGGGAAGGCGGCCUGAGUCGCGGGGUUUUGUCUUGUUCGUUUUGUUUUGAUUUUUCUGUCUUCUUGCCUCCGGUCACUGCGAUUGGAACUUCCAGCUCCCUAGCCCACUGCCUCUGAUCCGGGCAGUUCUUCGUCCCCCUGAGGCCAUGGGUCGGAUCUCGGGGCUCGUGCCCUCUCGCUUUUUGACGCUCCUGGCGCAUCUGGUGGUCGUCAUCACCUUAUUCUGGUCCCGGGACACCAACAUCCAGGCCUGCCUGCCUCUCCGGUUCACUCCCGAGGAAUAUCAGAAACAGGACACCCAGCUGGUGAUAGCGCUCGCCGUCACCCUGGGCCUCUUUGCAGUGGAACUGACCGGUUUUCUUUCUGGAGUUUCCAUGUUCAACAGCACUCAGAGCCUCAUCUCCAUUGCAGCUCACUGUAGUGCAUCUGUGUCUCUAUCCUUCUUCAUAUUUGAACGUUGGGAGUGUACCACGUACUGGUACAUUUUUGCCUUCUGCAGUGCCCUCCCAGCUGUCACUGAAAUGGCAUUGCUUGUCGCCGUCUUUGGGCUGAAAAAGAAACCUUUCUGAUCAUCCUGAUGAGAAAGUAGGUAUGAAGCCGGAGGGGCGCAGAACAUCUCAUGGUUCUUUGAAGAAGGAAGGUGAAGGUGCCGGUCCCUUCCACCAUUGGAUAAUUAUCCGAGAUUCUCCUUUUAUACAGUGCUUUAUAAUAAAGUAUAUUUUACAGUAA